AUGCUUCCAGCACUCACCGAAACACAUGCUAAGCCUCCAGCACUCACAGAAACACAUGCUAUGCUUCUAGCACUCACAGAAGCACAUGCUAUGCUUGCAUCACUCACAGAAACACAUGUUAUGCUUGCAGCACUCACAGAAAAACAUGCUAUGCUUGCAGCAUUCACAGAAACAGAUGCUAUGCUUGCAGCAUUCACAGAAACACAUGCUAUGCUUACAGCACUCACAGAAACACAUGCUAUGCUUACAGCACUCACAGAAACACAUGUUAUGCUUGCAGCACUCACAGAAACACAUGCUAUGCUUGCAGCAUUCACAGAAACAGAUGCUAUGCUUGCAGCACUCACAGAAACACAUGCUAUGCUUGCAGCAUUCACAGAACACAUGCUAUGCUUGCAGCACUCACAAAAACACAUGCUAUACUUGCAGCACUUACGUAAACACAUGCUGUGCCUGCAGUAUUCACAUAAACUCAAACCAGGGAUGUCGAGGACAGUUUAUAAAUCUGAAAGAUUAAAUAAGUCGCAGGAAUCAGUAGGAUUUAAUGUGAAAGAAACAUUUUGCUGCUUAGAACUGUUAAAUUCAUCAAACAAUAAGCUAGAGGCACAAGGUAUUAAAACAAGAUUCAAGCAGAUCACCCUGGUAUAUAAUCCACCUUCAACAAUGGCUGAGGAAUUCAUGGAACGGAAACCAGCCACAGAUAUGUCAGAGGGAAGAAGAGCAGAAAGACUGGAAAGUAAACAGGAAGAAACAGCAGCAGGCAGGAGGAAAAGUAAAACAAGCAGUGAGAUGGCCACAUCCAUCAGGCGGCAGGUGACGAUUAUGACUAAAACACAAAGAAGAGAGCGGUGCUGGCGUCACCAUGUGUCGUCGGCAGUAAUCAAGAGCGAGCCCGGGAUCAGGCUUUCCACAUGGCCUGUUCAACCAGGCUGUUGCUAUCAGCCCGCUGGCCCACAUAGCAUGCCAGCGGAGAGUAUGCCAGCGGAGAGUAAGCCAGCGGAGAGUAAGCCAGCGGAGAGUAAGCCAGCGGAGAGUAAGCCAGCGGAGAGUAUGCCAGCGGAGAGUAUGCCAGCAGAGAGUAUGCCAGCGGAGAGUAAGCCAGCGGAGAGUAAGCCAGCGGAGAGUAUGCCAGCGGAGAGUAUGCCAGCGGAGAGUAUGCCAGCAGAGAGUAAGCCAUCGGAGAGUAAGCCAGCGGAGAGUAUGCCAGCGGAGAGUAUGCCAGCGGAGAGUAUGCAGCGGAGAGUAAGUCAGCGGAGAGUAAGCCAGCGGAGAGUAAGCCAGCGGAGAGUAAGCCAGCGGAGAGUAUGCCAGCGGAGAGUAUGCCAGCGGAGAGUAAGCCAGCGGAGAGUAUGCCAGCGGAGUAAGCCAGCGAAGAGUAUGCCAGCGGAGAGUAUGCCAGCGGAGAGUAAGCCAGCGGAGAGUAUGCCAGCGGAGAGUAUGCCAGCGGAGAGUAUGCCAGCAGAGAGUAAGCCAGUGGAGAGUAUGCCAGCGGAGACGGAGAGUAAGCCAGCGGAGAGUAAGCCAGCGGAGAGUAUGCCAGCGGAGAGUAAGCCAGCGGAGAGUAUGCCAGCGGAGAGUAUGCCAGCGGAGAGUAUGCCAGCGGAGAGUAAGCCAGCGGAGAGUAAGCCAGCGGAGAGUAAGCCAGCGGAGAGUAUGCCAGCAGAGAGUAAGCCAGCGGAGAGUAUGCCAGCGGAGAGUAAGCCAGCGGAGAAGUUGCCAGCGGAGAGUAAGCCAGCGGAGAGUAUGCCAGCGGAGAGUAUGCCAGCGGAGAGUAAGCCAGCGGAGAGUAAGCCAGCGGAGAGUAUGCCAGCGGAGAGUAUGCCAGCGGAGAGUAAGCCAGCGAGAAGUAAGCCAGCGGAGAGUAUGCCAGCGGAGAGUAAGCCAGCGGAGAGUAUGCCAGCGGAGAGUAUGACAGCGGAGAGUAUGCCAGCGGAGAGUAAGCCAGCGGAGAGUAUGCCAGCAGAGAGUAUGCCAGCGGAGAGUAAGCCAGCGGAGAGUAUGCCAGCGGACAGUAUGCCAGCGGAGAGUAAGCCAGCGGAGAGUAUGCCAGCGGAGAGUAAGCCAGCGGAGAGUAUGCCAGCGGAGAGUAUGCCAGCGGAGAGUAAGCCAGCGGAGAUAUUGCCAGCGAGGAGUAAGCCAGCGGAGAGUAAGUCAGCGGAGAGUAAGCCAGCGGAGAGUAAGCCAGCGGAGAGUAAGCCAGCGGAGAGUAUGCCAGCGGAGAGUAUGCCAGCAGAGAGUAAGCCAGCGGAGAGUAUGCCAGCGGAGAGUAAGCCAGCGAAGAGUAUGCCAGCGGAGAGUAUGCCAGCGGAGAGUAAGCCAGCGGAGAGUAAGCCAGCGGAGAGUAAGCCAGCGGAGAGUAUGCCAGCGGAGAGUAUGCCAGCGGAGAGUAUGCCAGCAGAGAGUAAGCCAGCGGAGAGUAUGCCAGCAGAGAGUAAGCCAGCGGAGAGUAUGCCAGCGGAGAGUAUGCCAGCGGAGAGUAAGCCAGCGGAGAGUAAGCCAGCGGAGAGUAUGCCAGCGGAGAGUAAGCCAGCGGAGAGUAUGCCAGCGGAGAGUAUGCCAGCGGAGAGUAUGCCAGCGGAGAGUAAGCCAGCGGAGAGUAAAGCCACGGAGAGUAAGCCAGCGGAGAGUAAGCCAGCGGAGAGUAAGCCAGGGGAGAGUAUGCCAGCGGAGAGUAAGCCAGCGGAGAGUAAGCCAGCGCAGAGUAUGCCAGCGGAGAGUAUGCCAGCGGAGAGUAAGCCAGCGGAGAGUAAGCCAGCGGAGAAUAUGCCAGCGGAGAGUAAGCCAGCGGAGAGUAAGCCAGCGGAGAGUAAGCCAGCGGAGAGUAUGCCAGCGGAGAGUAUGCCAGCGGAGAGUAUGCCAGCAGAGAGUAAGCCAGCGGAGAGUAUGCCAGCAGAGAGUAAGCCAGCGGAGAGUAUGCCAGCGGAGAGUAAGCCAGCGGAGAGUAAGCCAGCGCAGAGUAUGCCAGCGGAGAGUAUGCCAGCGGAGAGUAAGCCAGCGGAGAGUAAGCCAGCGGAGAGUAAGCCAGCGGAGAGUAUGCCAGCGGAGAGUAAGCCAGCGGAGAAGAGUAAGCCAGCGGAGAGUAUGCCAGCGGAGAGUAUGCCAGCGGAGAGUAAGCCAGCGGAGAGUAAGCCAGCGGAGAGUAUGCCAGCGGAGAGUAAGCCAGCGGAGAGUAUGCCAGCGGAGAGUAUGCCAGCGGAGAGUAAGCCAGCGAAGAGUAUGCCAGCGGAGAGUAAGCCAGCGGAGAGUAUGCCAGCGGAGAGUAUGCCAGCGGAGAGUAUGCCAGCGGAGAGUAAGCCAGCGGAGAGUAAGCCAGCGGAGAGUAAGCCAGCGGAGAGUAUGCCAGCGGAGAGUAUGCCAGCGGAGAGUAUGCCAGCGGAGAAUAAGCCAGCAGAGAGUAAGCCAGCGGAGAGUAUGCCAGCAGAGAGUAAGCCAGCGGAGAGUAUGCCAGCGGAGAGUAUGCCAGCGGAGAGUAAGCCAGCGGAGAGUAUGCCAGCGGAGAGUAAGCCAGCGGAGAGUAUGCCAGCGGAGAGUAUGCCAGCGGAGAGUAUGCCAGCGGAGAGUAAGCCAUCGGAGAGUAUGCCAGCGGAGAGUAAGCCAGCGGAGAGUAUGCCAGCGGAGAGUAUGCCAGCGGAGAGUAUGCCAGCGGAGAGUAAGCCAGCGGAGAGUAAGCCAGCGGAGAGUAAGCCAGCGGAGAGUAUGCCAGCGUGUGAUAUGCCAGCGGAGAGUAUGCCAGCGGAGAGUAAGCCAGCGGAGAGUAUGCCAGCGGUGAGUAUGCCAGCGGAGAGUAUGCCAGCGGAGAGUAUGCCAGCGGAGACUAAGCCAGCGGAGAGUAAGCCAGCGGAGAGUAAGCCAGCGGAGAGUAUGCCAGCGGAGAGUAUGCCAGCGGAGAGUAUGCCAGCGGAGAGUAUGCCAGCGGAGAGUAUGCCAGCAGAGAGUAAGCCAGCGGAGAGUAAGCCAGCGGAGAGUAAGCCAGGGGAGAGUAUGCCAGCGGAGAGUAAGCCAGCGGAGAAUAUGCCAGCGGAGAGUAUGCCAGCGGAGAGUAAGCCAGCGGAGAGUAUGCCAGCGGAGAGUAAGCCAGCGGAGAGUAAGCCAGCGGAGAGUAAGCCGGUGGUUUAG